CUAGGAUUGCAAUGAGAAAUGUGAAAAAUCGUGUUGCGUGAGACGCACAAUUUAUAGAAUUUAUUCGAACAUGACGCUCAAACUGUGAACCGAAAAUUCCAAGUCAAUUAAUUCAAAUUAACUGUGUCUUUCGUAAAAAAUAAUUAUUUUAUAUUUGUAUUAUUGGGAUUGUAAUCAAAUUCGAAUCACGUUCCACUAGGUGACAUACAUCGUGGCGUCCUAGAACUGGAAUUAUAAUAAUCACGAUACCGUCAACCGAGGGCGUGUUACCCCAUUUGAGUCGUUUAGACCUUGACAUGCCUCCAAACGAAGAACUAUACAAAUCGAUUUCGCCCACAAGUUCGUCAAUAACGUGAAAAAAAAAAAUAAGGAUCAUCGCCACUUCUGGACCUAAUAAAACAGAUAAACUUCCAAUACUUUAUAACCCUCUUUCGCAACAAACAUCAACCAUUCAAUCCUUAAAAUACUUCUUCCAGUUCGUCAAGGACGCCAUCAAACUGAAGCACCAACAAGAAUACGAUCUCCUCAUAGUCGAUUGCGACACUUUGAUGGAGAAUACUGAAACUGAGGAACCGGGUUGGAGGCCUAAUAAUCCCGAAGACGAUUCGGGAUGGAACUGCAGCGUCCACCCGAGCGUGUUUUUCCUCUUGGGGACACUACUAUUGACAACUUGUGCCACGGGGAUGUUGUGUGCGGCCAUUAUGACCGAUCAUUGGGAAGAGGUAACGUGGGACCGCACAGCUUUGGAACAUUUAGCCAAUAGUUCGGUCAGACUGCGAUGGCUUUUAGAUGGGGUCGUUGCCAGAGUUUCCACCAAUGACGAAAGAGACAAAAUAGUGGCCUUUCUGGUGCCGAUGCACGGGGGUAUUUGGACACUCUGUGUGAGCUUAACCGAGGAAGAAAUAUCAUUGUUGGGUCGUGUGGGAUUUCCAUCGGUUCAACCCUGCGUAAACUACCUCUCCGGCGGAAUCGACGGUAUCAAAGGUUACGAGCCACGCGGCGACUGGCAACACAGAAUGCAGAAUUUAUCAAUAUCUUGCGCCUUGGUCUGCUUGAUAGUCCUGGGAAGUGCCGCUCUCGUGGGCGCAUUCGGCGUUUUCCAGCACCAGAUAAGCGCCGUUUUGGUCACCGGAGUCAUGUAUCUCCUAGCGGGCUCGUUCGCACUUUUCACCUUAACAAUAAUACAUUUUAAGAGAUUACAUGGCAAAACUGCGGAUAUCGACUCGGAUGGCACCGUUGACGGGGUGGUUAGCCCACUGGGCGGCCGAGGGGUGAAUGAAUUACUCCCUGCUCGCAUUUUUACGACGUCCUGGUCGUUAGACCUGGGAUGGGGAGGCGUCAUGUUAUGCGUAAUGACCUCCGUUUUGUGGAUUCUGUUAUCGAAAAUAAUGAGGUUCAACCCCAUUUCCAGCAUGAUUAACUGAGCAAUAACGAGUAAUUGUAAUCAGGAAUUCGUGCAGUACAAACUAACCAACAAUCCCAAAAUCGAGAAAUUGCUUGCAUCGAAAACCUAAACGUGAUUUUUGUAAUAAAUGUCCAUGUGCGAUUGCUGAUUUCCGCAUCGAGCAUUAGACGCAAUGCUAAGAAGCCGUCCAAUGUAAUAAUUUAAGCAUGGUCAACUGUGGACACGCUUCUUAUCACAAUCAAAACUGGUUGUUCGCUACUCGUUGCAAGUUGUUGUUAAAUCCUUUAAUUACAAUCAAUUCGAUCUAUUUGUAAAUUUUGUACACUAUUGGCAAAACGGGAGCAAUAAAAUAAUCAAAUUUUGAGGUUAGGGUGCCUAACCAGAAAAUGCGCAAUAAUUGCCUUCGAAAAUGCCUGCAUAUGUUUAUAUUUUAUAAUAUUUAUAUUUUUUACUGUUAGAGCUGCUUGCCUUUGCUCGCUUUGUAUUAUUAAAGCCUAGUUGUAUAUAUUUUGCGAAAUAAAUAUUUCCAAUGUUACCUUAA